AGGUGACACGAGUUCAGAGUUUCCGCUACUUUCCCUUCGCGCCGAUACGACACGACACCGAUACGUUACAGCGUUCGCACAGCGAUGAGAUUCUCCGUUGUUUUCCCGGUUAGUGUGGCUCUGCUGUUCGCCGUCGUUUCGCCGGCAGGCGGUUCGUUGCUGCCGUUCUGGGAUCGGGGAGGGAGCCCGCUGUCAGACCCGAUCCCGGACCCGCUCCGAAUCCUGGAGCACGCGCCUUUCGUGCUGGAUCGGGAUGACGUGGCGGCUGUCUCCCCCGCCCGGGUCGAUUGGAAGGAGACCUCCGACGCCCAUCAAAUCAUGAUCGACGUCCCCGGGUUAAAGAGGGAGGAGCUGAAGAUAGAGGUGGAGGAGAACCGGAUUCUGAGGGUAAGUGGUGAGAGAAAGAAAGAGGAGGAGAAGAAGGGGGAUCACUGGCACCGCGUGGAGCGCUCCUACGGCAAGUUCUGGAGGCAGUUCCGGCUGCCGGAGAACGUCGAUCUCGACAAGGUCUCGGCCAAGCUGGAGGACGGCGUGCUGACCGUGACGCUGGCGAAGCUGGCGCCGGACCAGAUCAAGGGCCCCAGGGUGGUGAGCAUUGCUGGUGGUGAAGCGGAGAAGGAGAAGCUUGGAGGAGCCACUGAUCAGGCCAAGAAGGUUGAGCUCUGAACCAAAUGUUCUGGGACUUCUUGAGUGUCAUCAAGAGUGUGGAGAUGAAAUAAACAGGGUGAUGUGUAUUUUUGAGGGGAGGGUGAGCCUUGGGUGUUUCUUUCUGUGUCCUGAUGUGUAGAACGUGGAAUCGCUCUUGGUUUCUUUCACUUCUGGCCACCUUUGCAACGAACGUUUC